AUGGAUAAUUUCAAUCACGACCUCACACUCGAGCAGCGAGCUAAGAUAAAGGCGAGGCGGGAGAAGAAGAAGGAAGAGAAAGAGGAGAGCAAGGCGAAGAAGAAGGAGGAGGAGAAGUGGAUGGCGGAGAACCCGGGCAUGGUCCGGAAGCGAUCGAAGAUGAGAGAGAAUCUCGCGCCGUUGUACAAAAGGGUUGUGAAGAGGAGAGAGGAGGUGGAGGGGAAGGAGGCAGUUGGGGGCUCGUUGGAUGGGGAUUGGUUAGAGAGGGGGAGGGAGUUAAAGGAGGAGAGGGCGAGGGUGAGCGCCUUCGGGCAAGAUAUUUGA